AUGCGUCUCCCACAUCUCUUCCUCGCCUCCUUCCCCCUCGUCUUGGCCUACUCCCUUAACACAACGGCCCCAUCCCUCUCCCGCCGCCGCCGCGUCGCAGAUGAAGUCUCCCCGGACUACAUGCCUCCGCCGUGGCUCGACACCCGCUCCAUCUGUCACCCUGACCACUCCUCGGGCUCCGCCUCGUCUAACAUAUGCGACCCGUCCGGCCUUCUAUCCCACCGCCACACCACAUCGCUAGAAGACCUCCUCGCCCAAGUCCACGCGGGCCGCACUCCGUAUUCCCUCGUCUCCUGCGACCAGUCAUCUUCCCCGAACCCCGUCGGCUUCCGUCUCGCUCUCGCCCUAGUCCGUCGCAUGAGCUACGACGGACGCACCCUCUCCGACCGCGCCGACAACUUUGCGCACCGUCUUUUCGAUAGUUGGUCCCUCUCCGACAAUUGCGGCGCCUCCGUCCUGCUCUUCUUCUCCCUAGAAGAUAAGCGCCUCUUCAUCCGCACGGGCUCACUCGCUACCACGUAUUUCAAUGAACAUCAAAUUGAUAAAGUCUACGCCAAAAUGAUCCCGGAGCUCGAAAAGAACCGCGUCUACUCCGCCUUGCAAAUCGGCCUUACCGAAAUCGCACAGUACCUCUCCAUGUACAACGGUGUCAGGGCGGGCGCCGUCGACACUGCUCCGCCCCGCCAGGGGGCCGCAGCCCCGCUGUUUUUUCGCUCGGGGCCGUCGUGGUGGGACCUCGAGCUCUCUAUCGUGUUCCUCGUCUUCGCCUUCAUGGCUGUCCUCGCCUGUUGCAACGGCUUUGGCGGUCGCGAAGCGACGCGCCGCAACAGGGAGCGACGACACGUCCUGCGCAAGCUCAACGUCAUACGCCAUGAGUACGUGGCCGCCAUGCUGCCCCAGUACGUCCCGACCACGUGCCCGUUCUGUCAUGACAACCUCGCACCGGCCUGGGAGCCUACCGUUCCAACGCUCCCGGAUGCGGAGCCGCUGGAGAGUGAAGCGCCGCCCGCGCGGCCCGUGCGUAAGCUCCGCUGCGGGCAUGCAUUCCAUGAGAGCUGCUUUGAUGACGAACAUCCCACCCCAUCAGGCACCAUCCCAGACUGUCCGGUAUGCAAAGAUCGCGGCGGUGGCGUAUCUACCCCGCCGAAUCUCAAUGAAACGCGCGGGCAGGACUAUACUUUUCGCAUACGGAGCCUCGCCGAUGCGUACCCGCACAUUUUAACGGAGCAGGUCGUGGAGAAGCUCAACACCGAAACGCCCAACUUGUGGCCGGAAUCAAUGACGGAGGCGUAUUUACGGGCGGAGAGAAGAGAUACGCGCGCCAGGGAUGUGGAGUUCGGGUCGGACAGAGGCGGGGGUGGUGGUGGGUGGUUUGGCGGAUUCGGGGGCCUACUGGCGGCCGGCGGAUUGGGGGCACUAAUCGGGAGUAUGUUCAGCGGAGGUGGUGCUGGUCGACAGGGUUACUACGCAGACAUCCCUUCUGGGGGGUCGGGCAAUCCGGGUGGGCAAUGGUUUGGUGGUAGUAGCGGUAACUCUGGUGGCACGGGCUUCGGCACAGGUUGGGGCGGAUGGAGCGGUGGAGGAGAUGGAGAUGGAGGUGGAGGCGGAGGUGGAGGCGGAGGUGGAGAUUAUGGUGGAGGUGAUGGUGGUGGACACGGCACUGGGUGGUAG